AUGCACAAGGUUAAAGUCAAGAAAACUAGGAAGCGAGGUAUGAAGAAGACGGGAAGCAAGGCUGACGGCAGUGGAAACAAAGUCACACAGAGUCAGCCACAGGUUUCACAGCCACAGUUUCCAAAGAUAAAGUUCCCAAAUAUGACUGCCACCCUGUCCUAUACACACGUGACCCAAGCUCAAAGUCCUGGUAGUAACAAUAUUCACCACCAGAGGUCCCAGAAGUUAAAUGGCCUGUCAAGAUACCCCACCCAGCUCACCAUUACUAACACAAAGUCUAGCAAGACCUCCAGUGGAAAGAGCCAUGCAUAUCAGGAUAAACUGGUUGCCACCGUAGCGCCCACCUUGCCAGCACUGAGUCAGUCCGACACCCGUAGCUCACACAAACAGCAGUAUGAAAACAGUAGCAUACUGCCGCAGAUACCCACCGAUGGAGCGUUGACACGGCAACCGACGCUGGUGAAUCAGCAGCCGGAUAGGAUACGGCGUGAUGCAUACGGGAAUAGGAUUCCUAUGACUCCAGAAGAGGUGCUAAAAAUUUACGGCCCAAAGCUCACAGCAUACGAAAAGCAGGAGAUCCACGAUUAUCCUGAAGUAUGGUUUGUGGGGCCAGAUGCCAAAAAAGUAGAGGGUUUCUGGACCCUAAGUGACCAUGUACUGUCCCCUUCUUUCAGCAUGAAUCUCUAUGAGCUGAUCAAGAAGAACAACUUCCAGGGUUUCAGUAUAGCUCUCAUCAGGCGGUUUGCAUUCUCUUUACUACAGUGUCUUAAGGUGCUUUACAAGGAAAAGAUUAUUCAUUGUGACCUCAAGCCUGAAAAUAUUUUAUUGAAGCAGAGAGGCCAGAGCUCAAUAAAAGUCAUAGACUUUGGUUCAAGUUGCUAUGAGCAUCAGAGAGUAUACACCUACAUCCAGAGCCGGUUCUACAGAUCACCUGAGGUAAUCCUGGGUCUGCCUUACUCUAUGCCUAUAGACAUGUGGAGCUUGGGUUGUAUACUGGCAGAACUGUACACUGGCUAUCCUCUCUUUCCUGGAGAGAAUGAAGUGGAGCAGCUAGCAUGUAUCAUGGAACUUUUAGGACCUCCACCAAACUAUGUGUUAGAUCAGGCCACCAGAAGGAGGCUCUUCUUUGAUUCCAAAGGUAAUCCCCGGUGUAUAACUAACAGCAAGGGAAAGAAGAGGAGAGUGGGAACCAAGGACCUGGCCAUGUCCAUCAAAUGUAAUGAUGCCACUUUCCUGGACUUCAUUGCCAAGUGUUUAGAGUGGGACCCCAACAAGCGUUUGACACCAGAGGAGGCAGUGGCUCAUGAGUGGAUUCAGCAGGGUCUGGUGCACAAGUCACGCACUUUUUACAAAGAAAGCUCACGAAGAAAAGCCUCAGAUCCUGACAAAUUGGUUGUCAUCAAAGAGAAAACAAAAAUAGCAGAUGAUUGGAUAUCUUCUCAUAAAAAAGACUCUAAACCCAAGUCAGAGCGCCUACAACCAAUUGGUGCUUCAGACCCUGAAGAGCAGGAAACCCCAGGACAGGACCAAUCCAGUGAAAAUAAGGCAGCAAUGAAAGAAAAAGAAAAGACAAUGGUGAAAGACAAGGAAAAGUCACUUAAAGAAAAAGAGAAGACAUUAAUAAGAGAAAAAACAAGUUUAAAAGAGAAAGAAAAGACAAUCUUACGGGAAAAGACCCUUAUAAAAGACAGUGAUGUGGGCAAAAAAGAUGAAGGAACAAGUGACUUUGAAGAGGGAGAGGAGGAGGGAGGAGACUCUACUCAAUUUUUACCUCCAAUAAAAAGCUAGGACAAAUAGAUUUGUAUGCAUGGAGUGUGCCCUUUCCAGGACCACCUGUGCUGUCCCUGGGGGUUUGAACAUGCAGGCACAUUUCUUGUGUUAACUGCAGGUAGUCAAGUGGUCAGUUGUUUUGACUGGUCAGUGUCCAGUUUAGUAACUACAUGCUGGAUAUCAUCAUAUUACUGUGAUAUUUAUUUGUUGUUGAUGGUGUUGGUGUAAAUGUCGGUUUACUUUUCUCUUUAAAUUUCCAUGAUUGUGAACACUUGUGGUGUUACUUGAAGCCUGAAUAGGUAAUUCAGGGCAAAGGGCUAAUUUUCUACUUGACCAGUGUUGUUCUCACCAUGUGAUAACAAACCGUCCAAUUAUAUAUGUUUUUAGAAUAAUCCUAGUUGUAGAACUUGAAACACUUUAUAACAGAAAGUUCAUUAUGGGAAAGCCAUUGUUUGUCACAGCUAACACAAUUGCAAGAGAGCAAGCAAAAGGAAAUCCAUGACGUAUUUUCCAGAUCCAAGAAAUAUACCCACACAUUUAAAAAGAAUACUGCAUUGUAGACAAAAACAAAAAUCAAUUUUAUAACCUUUCCCACAUUUCUCAUCCCAAUAAGAUAUAAGUAGCACUUUUUCAGAGUUGAAAAGAACAGAGAAAAAGAUAUGAUAAAAUAUCAUUAAUACUAAAUAUUUCCUUAUUGGGUAGUCUUCCUUUUUAUCUCCGCAUUUUUCUAUUCAGGAAAAAAUUAUAAUGAGCUGGCAACAGCUGUAAUUCCAAAUACAUUUGGUCUCUGAAAAAAAGAACCAACACGAGAAAAACUUUGCAUUUGAAAAUUAAUUUCUGUGCAAGGCCCAUUCCCAGGUAUAUGGCAGCUACAUGACCAAUAGACAUUAAGCUAAGUCAGAUUUCAAAAUAUUACAAAUAUGUAUAUGUACACUGUAUGUAUAUUGAGAGAAUUAUAUUUGAAUAUUCAUAUGCUACCGAUUAUUCUCUUUUAAGGAUAUAACCAUUUAGCAAUAUAUAAGGAAUAUAAAUGAAUUAUAUUUAGCCACAUAUUUUUUAGUAAAGGCUAUGUAAUGCAUAAAGAUAAUCAGUAUGAAAAAUCAAUGAUGUAAAUCAACUUGGGUAUUUGAUGUGGACAAUCAUAUAAACUUUUAACUGCUCCUGCAAUCCAGAUUACCACAGUCUUGUAUAGAAAAACUCUCCUUGGCUUUGAACUCGAGUCUCUUGCCCUGUCAUAGUCUUAGAAUUUUAUAGUUUAAUCUACAAACUUGUAGUUUAUCUCUCUUUGAUUUAAAAUAUGUAGACUUAGUCCUUUUAACCUUAGGAGUUUAGAGCUUAGUCACACAGUAAGUGUGCUUGUAAAUAUGCAUUUGUUUUAGUUAAUAUUGUAGUACGUAGAACUUGGUUUACGUACGUUCCUUUACCUGAGAACUUGCUCAAUAAUGAGAGGGUUCUCACUGGAGACUUGGGGAAUGCUGGGAUACAUUGGCAGCUCAGUCAUUGGCUCGAACUAAUCUUUGUAUUUGUUAUGGAAUUCUCAGUUGAUGACAUUGUAAAAUUUCAGAGAGGCUAUACAAUCUGCUAGACGUUCAAUCUGCGAAUUAAAUAUUCAGUCAAUGAGGUUAUACAUUUUAAUGAUGAACUAUAGACAAAGAAAAUUUGCAUUAAAGAGCACCAAAAAUCUGACCAAGUUGACAUUUUUCCAUGCUGUUCCCCAUUUCACCAGUGGUGAUCCUCUGUAGGUUUGCAAUAUGUGUAUUCUGUAUAUAGAGCACCUUGCGCAUGCUUCUUUAUCUGACCUACUGUUUGGUUUUAUUGUGGACAUUUCUUCCAUAACUUAGUGAAGAUGACUUGCAGGUACAGGGUUUUUGUUAGAUGGAGAGUCGUGGACAAAAUAAUAAUAUGAAUAUAUAAAAGUACAUGAGGACAAUUUUACUAUAAUAUGUAGGCAUUGGGAUGAAAAAAUUGAAAUUAUACUUUUUUUGGAGGGGGUGAUAUUAUGGAGUAAGGUGCUGAGGUACCCUGCUCUGCACCCACCCCACCCCCACAGAUCCAGCUUGAAGAGUUCAUAAUUGGACACUGGGGGUGAGAAAUAGGAGGGGGGGGGGGUGAAAGUUGGGUUGGUUUUCCUAGUGCAGACUUCAACUGUAGUUUAUUAACUUUUUCAUAUUGCUUCAUGUAGGGCUAGUACUAGUAAAUGAUAUCUUGAGGAUAAUAGAGGAACCUGUAAGUUGUAUGAUAAUGUGGCACAAUGACUCCAGCAUCAUCCCCAUCAAAGAAAAUAACCAUGAAUCAUGCCACUAUUCAACACAAAUGGUUUUCCAAGAUAGAUCUCUUGUGCAAAGCUAGGUGUAUAUAACAUACUAAUCCCAGACAAUAAGAGUUAAAAUACAUCUUGAAUAUCUGCCUAAUGAUGUCAAAACUUGUACAUUCAGCUAAAGUGAAUAUAGCAUAAUACUUCCAAUGUUGCAAUCUUAUGCAAGAGAUUACAGCAUGUGCUUGGUCCUGGCUCGCCCUUUUCAGGGCCACCUGGCUUUUUGGUUAUGCUCAGUCCUCCAAUAGCACUAACAUAUGGUGU